AUGUGUUCUGUAUUUGAAACAAAUGAUCUAAAACAAUUUACAUCUAUAUUUGAUAGUUUUAAGAUUUAUUUAACUACCUAUUUUAACGAUAAUACAAAUUUAGAUCAAUUGCCAACUGAUAAAACAAAACUUGUUCCAUUAUUUAUUUCAUGUGGUUGUCCAAAAUCAGUUUUAGAUUGGAUACAAUUAUCACAUUUACGUUUCGAACAUAAACGGCCAUUAAUUAGUAUUAUUCAUAAUUUGGCACGUAAUCCACAAGGACAAUCAACAUUUAGAAAAAAAGAUGAAAACAGAGUAUUGGAUAAAUACGACCUACAAUUAAAAAUUAUAAGGAUAAUGAUAUAA